GAGAGAGAGAGAGAGAGAGAGAGAGAGAGACUGCAGCAGCAGCGAUCGCUCGGCUGUCAGACGCAGAGGAAUGAUAAUUACAAAGAGAUUGACUCGGCAACUAGAAGAAGAAGAGGAGGAGGAGGAGGAGGAGGAAGGAGGAGGAAGACGACGAGCAGUGCGGCCUGCAGCCGUGAGGCGAGCGGAGGAAUAGGAGGGAGAGACAGAGGAACCCGAUUGAUAAUAAUCGGAUCGAGAACACGGCGCAGACGGUGGAGCAGCAGUUGCGUGUGCGUGUGCGUUUGCGUGUGCGCGUGGGUUUUUUCGGAGGGAGAUGAUGGUGACAGCAGCAGCAGCAGCAGCAGCAGCAGCAGCAGCAGCAGCGGAGGAGGAGAUAGAAGGAUGAGCAGGGAUCAAUAAUCCUCUCUCCUCCUCUUCCUCCAGCCCCCACCUUCAUCCCUCCAUCACCUCUGCAGGAGCCGCUGAAACCUGAGGAACUGGGAUAUGCCAUCCCUUAACAACGGUGAAUUCCCAGAUGCCUCGCUGUAUCCAGGACCGAGGACAAACGUCUGACAUGACAUUUGACGUACGCGCAUCACUUUCCUCCGACAGACCGGUUGCAAGGUGAACGGGCUGAGUCCUGCUGGUGGGCCCAUGGACCUGGAGGGGGUGAACCUCUCCUCUUCCACGUUUUUCUGGAGAUGAUCUCCAACGGACGUUACGUUUUUAUUUUGGGGAGAUUUGGGUUGUGUUGGUUUUCCCAAGGUUUGGUUAUAGGCAGUUUUGUUGAUGGAGAAGGUCUAAACUGAAUUAUAAUAUCUUUUUCCACUCAGAAAACUCUUGAUUUGGGGAAUCAACCAACGGAUUGUAUUACAAGGCAGGGAAACCUGUGGUUAGUGAGCUUGUUUUGGAAGUUCGUACGUGGUCGUGCAGUCUGCAUCUCCUCUGCAGCACCGGAUGCAGAAUUGCUGAACAAUCAGCAGUUUCUCAACAAUGAUGAUGUGCAUCUUUGACACAGAGGGACAAACAACGUCUCCGUCAGCGCUGCUGGUCUUCACACCUGCUUCUUGGAAACCAAUGUUCUGAUCUCCUGCAUGGAGUGCAAAGAGUGGAUACAAUUGACGCACUGACGAACAGAGAGACAACGCUUUUGGUUGAGAGGGGAAGAGAAUCUCUCUGUCUCGCUUCAUCGGUUCGGUUUAUUUUUAACCGUCAUGGGUCUGAAGCCCAAACGAAACAGCUGACUGAACCAGGGGAUGGUGGACAACUCUAUAAAGCUCUCUGAUAGGAGCAAGCAAGGACGAGGUCCAUCUUGAUCUUCAAAUCAGCCCUCAAAGAAGAAAAAGUCCUCUCCCCCCCACUUACCUCUGGUGGGGGGGAGGGUGUGUUUAGUUUUGAAGGUGUAGGGCUAAGCGCCAUAGGGUUUUCUUUCGUAAUUAUUUAGACAUUAGGUCUAAGGUUGUAGACUAGACGGUAGAGGGCAUAGUCUGACUCAGGCCACAUUUCAUCUACUGCAGAAGUUCAGCUUUAAGCCUCAGUGUACAACCUGGAUCCAACCAACUGGAACAACAACAGCAUUCAGGCUCACUAGACAUCAGUUAAGCACUAGUGAACCACGGUCCCUGGGUCUUUUCCCAGCUGCUAUUGAGCCUUCCCUUUGCACCCUUUUCAGACCUGAAAAGUCAUGGAUGCUAAUCAAAGCCCAGGCCAGGGCAACCCCGAAAGCCCGAACCGGGCCGUGGAGUACCUUCUUGAACUCAACAACAUCAUCGAGAGCCAGCAGAAGCUUCUGGAAACCCAGCGGCAUCGAAUCGAGGAGCUGGAGGUCCAGCUGGACCGGCUCAGCCAGGAGAACAAGGACCUGCGUUUGGACCGGCAACCCGUUGCUCCUCCUCCGCCGGCUCCUUCUCCCGAGCCUCCUCUCCCUCCUCCUCCUCCUCCUCCGCCUCCACCAACUCAGACCACGUCAACAUCCAUUACUGCCAAGAAUCCCCACCACCAACACCACCACCACAACAGCCAAUACCAAGCUCCGCCCCAGCCUCCUUCUUCCAUCCCCCUCCACCACAGCCACCACCACCAGUACCAUCAGCACCACCACCACUCCUCCUCCAGCCACCACUACAACAGCUCCAACAGCACCAGUACAACAGCAAUACCGACUUCCGUCCCAACCUCCAUCUCGAUACCCACCCAGAUCCCAGCUCCGAUCUCCUCCCCGACCCCGGUUCCACCUCCGCCUCCUCCGAUCCCGCCAAGGGAUCAGCCGCGAACUCACAGCCGGCUGACCCGAAUGCCGUCCACCAGCACCGGCACCAACACCAACUUUGUGGAGAAAGAGAAGGAGAGGCUUGAGCGACUGCACAGAGCCAAUUCCUCCAACAACCACCAUGCCCACACCCUGCACCACCAGAAAUCUGUGGAGGGCGAUCCUCACUGUCCGGAGGCGGUCACUUUUUCUGACUCGUCCUUCGGCCACCCGCCUCUCUUCAAUCGCUAUAGCAACAGCCCCCUCUCCAGCCCCUGUGACCCCUACAGCUCCGCCCCCUGCGCCGGGCCCCUGGGAGCCUCCCACACACACACACAGGGCAACUCCCCCGUCUCGCCCCCCAGCCCGGCGAGCCUCGCCUGGGCUCAGCGCAGCCGACACCAGCCGGCCAGCCUGGCGCUCCGCAAGCAGGAGGAGGAGGAGAGCAAACGCUGCAAGGCCCUAUCCGACAGCUAUGAGCUCUCCACGGACCUCCAGGACAAGAAGGUGGAGAUGCUGGAGAGGAAGUACGGCGGCCAGUUUGUGUCCCGGCGGGCAGCGCGGACGAUUCAGACGGCCUUCAGGCAGUACCGCAUGAACAAGAACUUUGAGCGGCUUCGCAGCUCGGCCUCGGAGAGCCGGAUGACGCGCCGUUUCAUCCUGUCCAACAUGAGGAUGCAGUACUCGUUCGACGAGCGGCAGCCGCAGGGUCAAGGGUCAGCAGGUCAGCGGGGGUCGGACGACGUGGGGGACUUGGACGACUCCUUCUCCAAGCAGGUAGGUCGCACCUUUUCUCCGGGGCUUUCACUUGCUUCUUCUUCAAGGGUGCCCGUCCCCCACCUGCCGACAAUCCUCCACCACCAGCAGCAGUACGGCCAGCAGCACGUCAUGCACAUGCACCACGCCGCCGGCGGGGGAGUGGGCGGCCCUUACAUGCAGCACGCCCACCACUUCGGCCAGCACCACUACCACCACCUGCACCACCACCACCUGCAGCACCACCCACCCCACGGCUACCCAGAGCCCCCCUCUUCCCCGUUGCCCUCCCCCGUACCGCCCCUCUCCCCGCUGCCGCCCCCGCUCACGCCCUCGCCGCUGUCCUCUUCCUCCUCCUUCGCGCUCCAGAACCUGGAAGCGCAGCAGCAGCACCACCUGGCCCACCACCCACACCUCCUGCUCCACCACCACCUGCUCUGCUCGGACGGGGACAACGAGAGCGUCAACUCCACCACCACCAACUCCAACGACGACACCACGGUCAACAACUGCAGCUCGGGCUCCUCGUCCCGGGACAGCCUGCGGGAGCCGCUGGGGGGCGGGGCCCCGGGCAAGCAGACCUAUCAGAGGGAGAGCCGCCACAGCUGGGACUCCCCCGCCUUCAACAACGACGUGGUGCAGCGGCGGCAGUACCGCAUCGGACUCAACCUCUUCAACAAGAAGCCGGAGAAGGGGAUCCAGUACCUGAUCGAGAGGGGCUUUGUGUCCGACACGCCGGUGGGCAUCGCCCGCUUCAUCCUGGAGAGGAAGGGUCUCAGCAGGCAGAUGAUCGGGGAGUUCCUGGGCAGCCGGCAGCAGUUCAACAAGGACGUGCUGGACUGCGUCCUGGAUGAGAUGGACUUCUCGGGAAUGGACCUGGACGAUGCCCUGAGGAAGUUCCAGGCUCAGAUCAAAGUCCAGGGCGAGGCUCAGCGGGUGGAGCGGCUGGUGGAGGCCUUCAGUCAGCGGUACUGCGUCUGUAACCCAGUGCUGAUCCGCCAGUUCCAGAACCCGGACACCAUCUUCAUCCUGGCCUUCGCCAUCAUCCUCCUGAACACGGACAUGUACAGCCCCAACGUGAAGCCGGAGAGGAAGAUGAAGCUGGAGGACUUUGUGAAGAACCUGCGGGGGGUGGAUAACGGUCAGGACAUCCCCCGGGACCUCCUGGUCUCCAUCUAUGGGAGGAUCCAGAAAUGGGAGCUGAGGACCAACGACGACCACGUGUCUCAGGUCCAGGCGGUGGAGAGGAUGGUGGUCGGCAAGAAGCCGGUGGUGUCUCUGGCUCAUCGUCGGUUGGUGUGUUGCUGUCAGCUCUUCGAGGUUUCUGAUCCCCACAGAGCUCAGAGGAGCGGCGUCCACCAGAGAGAAGUGUUCCUGUUCAACGACCUGCUGAUGGUACAACACCCCCGCGUGUGCGUGUGUGUGUGUGUGUGUGUGUGUGUGUGCGUGUGUGUGUGUGUGUGGAUAAGAGGGGGGAUCUUCACCCUCGAACGUGUGCGGCGUCUCCCCCAGACUACCCCCCACGGCAUCAGGCUGACCUCAGCGAACCCCGGAGGAGAGCGGAAGGUUCUCAUCGUGUUCACGGCUCCGAGCCAACAGGACCGAGCUCGCUUCACCUCCGACCUCCGAGAGAGCGUCGCCGAGGUGCAGGACAUGGAGAAGUACCGCGUGGAGGCCGAGCUUGAGAAGCAGAAGGGUGUGCUGCGUCCAGGUGUGGGGGCGGGGGGCCCGGGAGAGGGCGGGGCCAACGUCAGUGGCGCCAAGGCCGAGGUGGUGAACGGCACCCUGGGUAGACCGAGCCUCGACGACACGUACGCCUCGGUGGACGGACUCAAGCGCACGGCGCUCAGCUCCUCACUGCGAGACCUCUCAGAAACAGGGAAGCGAGGUCGUAGGAACAGUGUUGGGUCACUGGACAGUACCAUUGAAGGAUCGAUCAUUAGCAGCCCUCGUCCACACCAGCAGCGCCCCCUGCAUGCCGGAGGUCUGUCCUACAGCCCCAUGAUGGUCCCUUCCUCUCCAGCAGCCUACCGGCCACACCGCCCUACUCAGAGCCCCGGUACAGGGUUAGGGGGUGGGCCGGGGCUCUGUCACAACCAGGGGGGGAUUGCCACCUCCCCUCUCGUGAGCGGGGGAGGGGUAGGGGGAGGAGGAGGGAUGGCAGGUGGGGGAGGGCCGACUGGCGGCGGGCUGCUGGGGAACUUAUUCGGCAGCCGCAGAGGCAAGUGUCCUGGUCCCCUGACGAUGACGUCACCGACUCCUCAGGGUCCACCGAGUCCCCUGAUGAUAUCAUCCCCGCCCCACUACCCCGCCCCCGCGCCUCCCAUCGCCCACCCAUCCUCCCCUUCCCCGUGCCCCUCCCCAUCGCCCAACCCCGUCCAGUUGGACUCGGGUGGGGGGCCGUCCAAGCUCCAGGCCUUGCACGCUCAGUAUUGCCACAGCAGCAGUGGAGGAGGCGGAGCCUGUGUUACUGGGCACCAGCAGCAGCAGCAGACGCCCCCCCCACCCUACCACCACCAUCACCGCUACCACAUGCAGAGCGUGCCGCAGCACCACGCCCUCGGGCACAGAUUCUCGGCCCCCCGGCGGCCGGGCCCGUCCAGCUGCGCUUCCUCUCUUGCCCAGCAGCAUCAGAGGCUGCAACAUGGCGUCGGCCAGCACCCGCGCUACAGCCUGGGCUUCAUCACGCCGCCGCCGCUCUCCCCGCACUCCCCCGUCACGCCCACUACUCCGCACGGACUCUACCACUCGCACCCCUCGGUGGGGAGGCCGGGGGGAGGCGGCAAGCUCCCGCUGACCAUUUCGCACUCGCAGCCCCACCCCCACGCGCACACGCACUCUCACAACCACGCCGUGCACGCACACUCCCCGCUCAGCCCCUCCCCUUCUGCCGCCCCCUCCACGCACUUCAUCUUCUCCACGCCGCCUCCCCAGACGCCAUCGGCGCGCCUCCUCCCCCAGACGCCGACGCAGCCCUACGCGCCGCAGUACACAGCAAUCUCCUCCAUCCCGCCUCCGCCUCCGCACUCCCCGCUGCCUCCCCCGUCGAACGCCGCGCUCUCCCUGCACCCCGGGGCGGGGGCGGGGCAAGGGGCGUGUCCCAAGGCAAAGCCGGUCAGCCCGGAUCAGCACGGUCGUGUGAGGAGGCGGAGGCCGAGGACAGCGGCCCCGCCGACCCGCAGUGAGCCAGCGGGGGGCGGCAGUGAGGGGGGGCAGGAGGGGGAGGAGGCGAGGAGGAGAGUCUACCAACAUGGCCACCUGUCCAGGAAGAAACCGCUGAGAGAGGGGAAGAGGGAAUUACUCAGCCUGUGUUACUUUCACAUCAACUUCCCCCGCAGGUAGAGAGACGUCACCGAGGAGCCUCCUCGGGCUCCUGCUUAGGCCCCUCGGCGGCGGCGGCGGCGGCCUCGGACUUGAGAGGACGAGUGCGUUCGUCCCGAGGGUACGAGUUUGGCGGUUGAGUGGCGGUUCGGGGAUUAGCACCGGAUGCUACCGCUACGUAUGGUUCGAUGGGACAAUCCAGGUUUAGCUGAAAGCCGAUGAAUGCGAACGGCGAUCCAUUCACUAUAGUCCCGAAAGAAGAAAAUCACGCCGGUCUUGCAUCACUCUGUUGUUUUUUUGGGCACAUACAAAAAAAAAGGACUUGUGCUUUUGUUGGUUGUCGACAGAUUACAAGCCAUGAGGUCAUCGGGGGAGUAGUUUGUGUGUCUUCGACAGGCGUGCAUGACCUGUGCAAUAGCUAAUGAGUGUCAGUGUGUCUGUGGUUAGAAGCCCUUUAUGCAGGGGGGGGAGUUGUUGUCAUUUAAAUAAACCAAUCCAGCAUUUUAUUUGAUCAUUAAAAAAAAGUGCAUUAGUGGAAGAGCUUCCUUUCUACAAUAAACUUUUUUUAAAACUUCAAAUAAGCCAUUGUAACAAAAAGGAAUGACAGGUGUAUUUCUACCUUUGGUGUUUUCCAAAGAGGACUCGAAGCCUUGAGUGUUCGUGGCUCAGCAGGGGGCGCUACACUGUUGUUUUGGAUUGGAACUUUAGGAUGGGAGCGGGAGACCUUUGACAUCGCAACUUACCCACACAUUUGAUCUCUUGAAGUCAUUGGAUCCGAUGUCCCAGUGCGUCCGAAAGUAAAUAGCAGAAUUUUAAGCCUCGUUUUGCUCCAUAAUGUGACCGUUUAUGUUGCCAGGAAAGGAGAUUAAGGGGAAAGGUGCCAAACAGGCUGCAGUCUGGGAAACAGAGUCCUUUGCGUCAGUGGCUCAUUGGUGAUGAGACCGAAAAUAAAGUUGUGAAAGAGGAAGUUUCUCAGCAGGUAGAUCACUGGAAAUCUAAAUCUGAAUAUCAUUGUCCAGACACGGAUGUGAUGAACUGAAUGCUGUGGACAGACGUCUUUACACAGGCCGUCGAUACCCUGGAGAAAGAAAUAAAACCUAUAGAACGUAAAUAUGAUAUACAAAUCACAGAUAAUACAGACAAAUCAGAACAAUGAGCAUAUAAAAUUAAAUUUCAACAAGUUGUCUGAAGAUCAGCAGGUGAAUUGUUUACAAACUUCUCUCUCCGUCCACGCUGCAUUUUACACAUGUUUAAAAUCACACAAUGAGAACAUACGUUUACAAUAACACUUAUUUCAGCAGCUGCAGACGGACAUUGUUACUUGUUGCUAAUAAUUCAUUUCCCACCCUGUCCAGACAGUGUUAUCGUCUCUGAAUCAGUGAAACAUUUCCAGUGACCUUGAAGGGCGAGCAAAGUAGAAUCCCACUUUUACUGCUCGGGUUUUAAAUUGAGAAUCAGGCGCCUUCAGACGGAAGGAUGGUACAGAAUCUACAGUCUGAUUCACCGCCGUGGAACAUAAAGACAAACCAGAAACACGUUGAUUGAUUCAAUGCAUUCAGAGAAAACAGAAAAACCAGAAGGCCGAGGCCUUCGUCUACCUAGUCCUCCACAAAAGAACCAGAGAAACCGGAACCUCGCUUUACCUCGAAGGACCGGAGAGCUCGGCGCGUUCCUCCACCACGCCGCCCUCCACCCAGCUCAUUACUACACACUAUUUCUGCACUUUUGUUGUAAACCUGCAACGCCAGUAUUAAAGUGUACGUUUUUGCUUUUUCUCCAAGUGAUCGAGGCGUCAACUGGAACAAUCUUACCAGCCAUUUGUACUUUUUUGACCAGAAAGGAAACCUCUCAGUGCUCGUUGCUUUGCAGCAUAUUUACCAGCGUUUCACAGGUGGAUCAUGGGAAAUCCCUCCGAUGUUCUGAAUGCAAACACUGACGAUUCUCCGUUUCUCCGUGUUGCGUAAAGAUGAACUGUACAGUGUGUUCUGUUUUCCGACGGCGUCGACCUGCUUCUGAGGUUCAGGAUCUGCUUGAAAUAACGAAACGUAUGCUCUAAAAAAGAAAACGUCCAUCGGGGUUCUUCAGACAUUUUGAGCAAACUUUGGGUUCCGCACGAGAGAAACAAACCAAUAAAGAUCCUUUAAAUGCCCUUUUUGGUUACAAUUGAUCAAUUGGAGUUCCUCAGGGAACCGUCCUGGGUUCCCUUUUGUUUUCUAUCUGAAGAACCCCUUUGACUUUUUAGAGUGUUCUAUUACUAUCAAUAUUGUUGUGUGACAAGCUUCUACUAACAUAACGUACUCCUUGGGCUGUUUUUGUAUUCUUAGCACUUUUUAUUUUGUUAUGUGCUUACAAGUGUGAUAUUAUUCAGUUUUUUCCUAAUUUGGGCAUCUUAUGGAAGUACUAAAACCUUUUUUUACUUUUCAUGUCUACAAAAAAACAAGAAAGUUCUGUGACCAACAAACGAAUUAUUAUCAUUCUAAUAUUUCAAAUAUAGACUAUGAUAAUUACUUUCACUCACCCCGAACGUGUUUCUUUAUUUUGCGAACACAAACUCUCUGAAUCACUGCAAAGCCUCUCGCCAACGUUGCAUGGAAACAAGCAGCACUUCUGCUACAAAACAAUAUUUAUUCACUCUAAAAUAAACUGUUUGGUGUCCAAUACGCAGAAACACUUUCAGUAUCACUGAAUCCCACCCAGAUUAAAACCAGUCACUAACACAUUGACAACUAAACCAAGGUCUCAAGAAGCGCUGAAGCAAACCUACCUCGCACGGGACCGCACAACCUUCCACCGCGAUCCACGCGUGUCCGAGUCCAAUCGAGCACACGCUCGCUGAAGCUCCCACUUUAGAGGUCACGCACGUGUUUCCUGGUUGCCGUAGCCUCGCAACGACAAAGUGUACCUCACAUACCUGGCAAAUCCAUUUGUUUCCUUCCUUUGGGUUUAGAGUUGAUCUAUUGAUGGAUAAUCCGUCAGAAUGAAUGUUUAUUUUUGUUGCAGGGGGAUUGUCUGAAGGAACCAUAUUUCCGGGCUCGUUCUUGUGCUCUUAAAUAGACUUUCAGAAGUGAACUGAUAUUUAUUAAUUUAUAUUAUUAUUAUAUUAUAUUUAGUUAUUCAGAAGUUCCCAAAACGUCUUUGGUUUUUCCCAAAACGUCUUUGGGAACUUCUGAAUGUGUUAAAUCUUAAUUUAAGGAAUGAACAAAACCUGUUUGCCCCUGUUUGCUCGUUUUGUUUAUUCCGGCUUUGACAAAAACAUCAGCUCUUGAACAUCAAGCUUAGAGGUAAAUUUCCUUUGUUGGAUCAGCUGCUGCACGUCUCUACCAGGAGACGCUUUUGAUUGAAAUCCAUUAAAAGGAGUGGCUGAAUAGAAGGAAGGAAACAAUCUACCAUGUGAUGCACGGUUUAGUAAUGCUACACGCAGAAAAAGCCUCUUUUAAAUGCUCAAUUUAAAUAUGUUUUUCUUGCUCUUCUGCUCUCCACUAUCGGUUUGCAUGUGGUAUUUAUUACAACAUCUGCACUGAACGAACUGUAUUAUAAACAUGAAUGUACAUAGCCAUCGUUAUAUGACGAGUAACAAUGCGAGUACUUGUGCUGUUUGUCGGCAGUUCGGUUCGACACCACAAACAGAAGAUCUGGAGGCUUUUUUUAAAAACCGAUCUGUUCUGAAAGAAGAAGAAAGCACAUCAGAGUCAAGUUAAAAAUGUCACGUUCUUCUGUUUCAGUGCAAAGGCGGCAUGUGUGUGUGUGUGUGUGUGUGUGUGUGUGUGUGUGUGUGUGUGUGUGUGUGUGUGUGACUUUGGACCCGGGUCCGCCACCACGGGCUGUUUUGUGGAAAACAAACAUUUCCUGUUUAUAAUGUAGAGCAAAGAGAGACUGGAAUAGUCCUUGUAAAGAUGUACGAGUAGUGUCAAAUAUGUGUCAACAGAGAAGACAUUAUUUUAAAAAUUGCGUAAUGAAAAUUUUAGCUGUGUAUAUAAAUAUAUUACUUGUACUUUGUUUUUGAAAUUGCAAAGACAUGGAAAGGAAAGUGGAAAUAUUUAUUGCUCUAAAGAUAUAAAAAAUCUGUUCAUGUUGAUGGAAA